UACAUGGAUCUACAGUUCUGUGUAUAUUGAUUAGUGAUUAAACUGUUUUCAUAUAAAUAUGAUCAUUAUAUUACUAUAUUUUACUAACAUGGCAAUAAACAGUCCAUAACUAAUUAUGGUCAAGACCCUCGCCUUCGUGCAAAGCUAGAUACCAAUGUAUUGGCGAAUUUAUUUGAAUGUUGGCCUGACAUGGAGUAUACUAUUUCAGAUUGCAGCCAAGUAAGCUAUUACUCCUUUAUAUUUUUUGUAAUCUUUAAUUUUGUUCUCUUAAGAUGUUUGUUUAACUUGCAGAUUCUAUUGCCCUUUUGUUUCUUGGGUCACUUCAGUUUAUAUGUAUUUAACAUGAACACCAGAAGCAUCUAUAUAAUGGACUCCAUGCCUCUACCAUCAUGGUUUAAGGGUAACGAUCCAAGCAUGCAUUAUAUUCACAAAAUACAUAAUAUUGCCAAUAAUAUGAAUGUUGCCAUGGAAUUGGCUAAUCCUACAUGGAAGGACGAUAUUUAUAAGUGGCGUCGUAUAGUACCAUCAUGGGUUCCAAAAACAUUAAACUGGGAUUUAUCAGGCUUUCUUGUUAUCAACUUUAUGCACUCGUGGAAUGGUAAAAGGUUACCCUGCAUUUCCACUACUUCAAGUGUACUGAGGACCAAAUUCUUGGUAGAGUUGAUGAAGUACCAGGAGAAUGAAUGUAAUGACAAUAUUCCAGAAGAAAUACAAAAGAUUAUUAAGCGCAUCAGUGUUUAGUUGGCUUUAGAUAUACGUGAUUUUAUUUGUAAAUACUCGAGUUUCUGAUAAAAACAAAGGUUUAGAAUUUUUGCUCACUUGUUAUUCCUGUCCUUUUAGUAUGAAUUUUAAUGUAUAUUCACGUUUGAUUGUAAAUUGAUUUGUAUAUUUUAUAAGAUUGUGGUCCAUAAUAUGUUACUUGUUUUUAUGUAA